UGGAGGACUCUGAGGUGUUUUGUCCAUCAUGGAGGCCAUAGCUGACCUUUUGCAGAUGUUUCAUGUUGAGGCCAGUGGAUUGUCCAUGUCACUCAGUCUCUUCCUCAUCUUUCUGGCUCUGCUCUGCUGGUAUUCAGUUUCCCCCUUUUCGGCCCUCUCUCGAUGUGGAAUCAAACAUCCCAAGCCAUUACCGUUCUUUGGCAACAUGUUCAUGUUUCACCAGGGUGUUAUGGAAACAACUUUUGAUCUUAUAAAUAAACAUGGAAGAGUGUGUGGCUACUAUUUGGGCCGGAUGCCAGUGGUGGUAGUGGCAGACCCUGACAUUCUCAGACAAGUGACGAUCAAGGAGUUCAGCACAUUCCCUAACAGACAGUAUGUUAUCAAUCACACCAAGCCCGUGAGUGACGGUCUGCAGCUGCUUAGAGACGAACACUGGAAGAGAGUCCGCGGCAUCCUCACUCCAUCGUUCAGCGGUGCCAAGUUGAAAGAAAUGGUUCCCCUCAUCAAUACAACUAUUAAUACCCUUAUGAACAUCUUGAAUGCACAUGCAAAGUCAGGAGAGGCCUUUGAUAUCCACAGGUGUUUUAAUUGCUUUACCAUGGAUGUUAUUGCCACUGUGGCAUAUGGCAUCCAACUGGAUUCUCAAAGCAACCCAGAUGACCGUUUUGUUCAUUUUGCUAAGAAGUACUUUAUAGCCCCUGCCUUCAACCCCCUCAUGCUCCUUGUUGUUGCUUUUCCUUUCCUGAAGGUUCCUCUGCUGAGUCUCUUCCCCAACAAAUCACGAGCGGAGAUGGACAGUUUCUUCAUCAACUGCAUUCAGAGGAUUAUCAAGGAGAGAGAUGAGCAGCCUCCUGAACAGAGACGUCGAGACUUCCUCCAGCUGAUGUUGGACGCGCGAAACAGCAAUGAGUGUGUGUCUAUGGAUCAAUUUGACAUGGGAAACCACGCCAAUGAGGUCGGUCAUGGAAACCAACAAACAGACCAGUCGGUCUCUGAGCAGGACUGCCAUCAGCCACAGGCGUCAUCCGCCAAAUCUUCACAGAAGAGGACAAUCACAGAUGAUGAAAUUGUGGGCCAGGCUUUGGUGUUCCUGCUGGCAGGCUAUGAAACCACCAGCAGCACACUGGCCUUCACCUGCUACCUGCUGGCGCUCCACCCUGAAUGUCAGCGCAAAGUACAGGACGAGGUGGACCAAUUCUACUGUAGACAUGAGUCACCAGAUUACUUCAGUGUCCAGGAGCUGAAGUAUUUAGACAUGGUUAUAUCUGAAGCAUUACGGCUCUACUCACCUGGAUUCAGGUUUGCCCGAACUAUUGAUAAAGAGUGUGUAGUGAACGGCCAGCUCCUCCCUAAAGGAGCAUAUCUGGAGAUCGCAGCAAGCUACCUACACCGUGACCCAGAAUACUGGCCCGAGCCUGAGAAGUUCAUCCCUGAGAGGUUCACGCCAGAAGCCAAGGCCAACCGGCAUCCGUGUGUCUACCUGCCAUUUGGGGCCGGCCCCCGUAACUGUGUGGGGAUGAGGCUUGCCCAGCUGGAGAUGAAGAUGGCACUUGUGCAGUUGUUCCGCAGGUUCAACGUUGUGACCUGCUCAGAGACCAAGGUUCCUCUUGAGUUGACGAGUGCUGCCCUUCUUGGACCUAAAAACGGCGUAAUUGUGAAAAUUGCUAGAAGAGACAUGGGAGAAGGUCAAAGGAAUCCUACCACUAAAUGA